AUGGAUCAGAAAUCACAUGAGAAGGAGCAGCUGAGGGAGGCCGAGUCCUUCAAAAGACUCACUUUCUUCGCCAUCGCCAUCUCCACAGUGGCCACUCUGACCGCCAUAAUUAUUGUCCCCACAUUGUACAACUACAUGCAACAUGUGCAAUCUCAGUUGGACGAGGAAUUAGAGUUCUGCGUUCACAGAUCCAACGGUCUUUGGGACCAAUAUUCCCAUGUUGUUGGGAUCGGCGCUGUCAGAGAGAAGCGUAACGCUCUCCGCCGCACUUCCGGACAUAGACGUGGUGCCCAGGCACGUGCUGCCAGCACUUACGGAGAUGACGCCGCCACUGGAGGAUACGGAGGAGCUGCUCCAAGCAGCGCUGGCCCAGCCGUCAACGCAGGAUAUGGCGCCGGAAACGCCGGACCCGCCGUCAACUCUGCCCCCAGCGCCGUCAGCGCCCCAAGCAGCAACCAAGGAGGAUGCUCUUGCGGAGUUGGACCAGCUGGACCACCUGGAGCCCCAGGAGAAGACGGUCUUCCAGGAAAGGACGGAGUUCCCGGCAAGGACGGAGAACACGGCCCAGACGCCCCGCCAGAGGCCAAGCCCACCGCCGACGACUUCUGCUUCGAUUGCCCAGCCGGACCAGCCGGCCCACCAGGCGCCCCAGGACCAAAGGGACCCAGCGGACAACCCGGUGCUCCAGGAGAAGAUGGACAGCCAGGAAACCCAGCCCAACGCGGAACCCCCGGCCCAAUUGGACCCCCAGGACUUCCAGGAGCCGCUGGAGAACGUGGAGCCCCCGGAGAGCCAGGAACUCUGCAGGAAGUCCCCGGCAUUCCAGGCCCACCAGGACCGUCUGGCCCCAUUGGAGAGCCCGGUCCACCCGGAGAGGCCGGACAACCAGGAACCUCAUCGCCCGGCCCUCAAGGACCUCCCGGCGACCAGGGACCACCCGGAGAACCUGGACAGGACGGCAAACCAGGAGAGGCCGGUCCCGACGGAGAACAAGGCCAGAACGGCGGCUGCGAACACUGUCCUCCUCCCCGAACUGCCCCAGGAUAUUAA